UGGCGGGGACUGGGUGACUCUCCUACCGUACGCCCUUUACCGGGUUAGGAACACUCCUUACACCCUGGGUUUUACUCCCUAUGAGAUCAUGUUUGGCAGGCCACCCCCUAUUAUUCCCAACCUUCGAGAUGAACUUCUUGCUGAGUUUAAAGAUCAAGAACUUUUUCUUUCCUUGAGAGGGCUCCAGAAGGCACAUGAGGACAUUUGGCCGCGCCUCCAUGCCAUCUACGAGGCUGGCCCAACCCUGACACUUCAUCAGUACAGGCCGGGAGACUGGGUCUACGUUAAGAGGCACCACCAAGAGACCCUUGAGCCGCGCUGAAAGGGACCCUACAUCGUGGUGCUGACAACCCCCACCGCUCUCAAAGUAGAUGGCAUUGCGACCUGGGUCCAUCACACCCACGUUCGGCCAGCAGACCCCUCCUGGAUCCGGAAGGACUUCGUCAUGCGAUGGGCCGUCAAUCAGGACCAACACAACCCACUCAAGCUCAAGCUACAGCGCAUUCGACCCACCUAAUAUUGGACACAGGAAUCAAAACAAGAUGGAGACUUUUCAAAAAGUAGGAUUAAGAUACCUUUCACAUGAAGAUGUCAUAUACUGGCAGAUCUGGGAACCGUUUACAAGUAAAUUAACCAGAAAUCAAGACUUUGUAAUAAAUCUGCAAAGCAAGAAGUCUGAGUUGCCAACACAAGGUGAUUCCUCCUGUCGGGUGUGGGCAGGAGAAUCUCAGGUUAUUGAAGAUGAGAACUGUGUAAUAAAGCUUCAAGGGGAGAGUUCCAAUACUAUCAAAAGUCAAGAAAUUCCAAUUAAGACUACUUGGGAUUUCUGGAAGAAAAUCUACCUGAGAGAGUCACACAAUGAUCAGAAUAGGUGUCAGCAAAUUGAUGUAAAAAAUAAACCAUCUAAGUGUGACCAUUGUGUUAUGAGAAGGAUCUCUCAACAUUACGAUGAUCAGGAAGCACACAACAGCCAGAAGGCUUAUAACCACAAUAGUUGUGGAAAAGAGUUCCUGAGGAAAUAGUUCCAACAUAGUAUAACCCACUCAGGAGAGAAACACCAUGUAUGUAGUGAGUGUGGGGAGGACAUCAGCAACAGUUCAGUGCUUUGCAUUUGUCAGAGCAUCCAUGCAGGGGAGAAAUGAGGUAGGAAUGGUGAGUGUGGUGAGGGCUUCAGU